ACUGGAAUAUUUAUAACAGCACAGAGAUACUAAAUGAACUAAACGUGAAGUCUAGAAUUUCUUGUGCCAUGUAUUGCCUUCAGUAUGAAAUGCCUUGUCUUGGUUUUGAACUCUACAGAAUGUCGGUUGCUACAUCGUGUCGUUUGUUCCACAGAGCUUCGCGCCAAAACUGCGUAUCGUCGUCUUCAUCGACAUCGUCUUUUUACGGUUUAAAAAAUAUUUAUGAGAUAACUACUUCAGUAAUGCAAACAACGACAGUUACUGAGGAAGUCACAACUUCUGUGAUUUUACCAACGACAGUUAACCCUUGUCAAAAUGGCGGUACUUUGACCGGAAGCACGUGUUCUUGCGUGUUUGGUUGUUCUGGACAAUACUGCCAAACCUGUAUCAAUGAAUGUUCCGACGUUACCGGGGUAUCCGGAACAGGCACAGCUUGGAUAAGGCCAAAUGGAUUUGACGUUGCUAAACAGGUCUGGUGUAAUUUUGACUUCGGCGUAACAUAUCUCCAAAUACGUAAAUAUGGGAAUGUCAAUUUUAAUCGUUCUUUUGUCGAGUACGAAAAUGGUUUCGGAGACGCAAGUGGCGACUACUGGCUCGGGAAUAAGUAUGCAUACAUACUGACAACCCUACGAGGAUUUAAUGCUGGAUUAACUUUGAUGAAAUCUGGUAAUACCGUCAAGGUAUAUUACUAUAGUUUUGUCAUUUUGGACUCAGCGGCCAGUUAUGCUGUACAAUACUCGUCAUCAAGCUCGGCUUCAUACCCCGACUUCAAAGGCAACGCAUUUCAAACAUACGACACUAUAAGCGCAUGCGCUGUUUCACUUGGUUGUGGAUGGUGGUUUGGAUCAACAUGUUCUUCUGGAAGUCUCAAUGGACCAUAUCCAGUUGCCUACGGAGUAUAUUCUGGAGCUACCACCACAAUGAUAGGAAUAUAUUAAUGUCAAACUGAUUCUUGAAAUGUAUUUAUGACACCAUCUCAUGUGUUUGUAGACCACCAAUCGGGUGAAUUCUCUUCUUGAGAAUUCAAUAAUAGUCACAGGCCUCCGAUAUUUAAUCACACAA